CCUGUCAGGUGGGUGGAGGCACCAGGCCAUCUCAGAAGGCCAGGGACUCGCCAAGGGGCUGGAGCAGUCCUGCGCCUGCAGCCUCCAGAACCAUGGGGACGGCGCUACGCAGCCAGUCCUUGCGAGGACCACCGCCCUCCUAUAGCAAGCUCCAGGAGCCGUGGGGGAGGCCCCUGGCAGGCCGACUGCGCCGGGCGCUGAGCCUCAGACAGGGGCGUGAGAAGUCCAGGUCCUCAGACGGAGGCCCAGAAAGGCUGGACGCCCCCGGGCAGGAGCAACUGCCAGGGAGCCUGGGGGACACAGAGCAGCUGAUCCAAGCUCAGCAAGAAGGCAGCCAGCGGUGGCUGAGGCAGUAUCAACAGAAGAUAAGGAGAAGGUGGGAGAGCUUUGUCACCAGCUUCCCCAGCGUGACCCUGAGCCAGUCGGCCUCCCCACAGCCCUCACUGGGCACCACCAGCUAAGGAUGCUAGCAGCGGUGGGGGUCCUCGCUGCACCUGGAUGAGAUGGCACGACCUACCUCUUCGUGGCCCUCUGGACUGUGAAUGCAGUGACCCCCUCUACGUGGACUGUUCCCCUUCCUUACGUGGCCCGUUGAGGCCUCUGUCACCAGGACAGAGCUCAGUGAAGCCAGAUCCGUGGCUGAGAGCCUCUGGCCUCCCUCCCAGAGGGUGAGCCCAUCCCCAGGGCAAGGACUGUGUCUUGUCGUGUAUUGUCGUGUAUUGUCGCCGUCCUCACAGUCUCCCGAUGAAGGAAGCCGAGGAAGCCUUCCCUCCCUGUGCGAAAGAGAGGAAAGCUGAGGCCCAGAGGCGGGAGGGGAUUAUUCUCUUUGGCAUCUCUGGCCCCGCCGCUACCCAAUGCCCAACACUGCGUUGAACACGGGAAUAAAGGUUGCUGAACUGAAGUAA